GCAGACUUUAGAGAAAGCUUAGUCUUAUUUGAAAUACUAGUGCUUCAACAUGUUCUUCGGACAGUACAUUUAUAUUCCGUUUGUGCUCCAGGGUUGUCUCCUGACACAUUUGGCUGAGUCAGCUAGGCCUUGGACUUGCGUCGAACUGUCCCGUUGCCCCAAAUUAAAUAAUAUUUUCAAUGACAUGACGGCCCAGGCCAAGUAUAUUGCGGCAAGAAUGUGCCAUUAUAACCCUAGUAAUAUAAAUAUGGAGUUAUCAGACAGAUUUUACGUCUGGUGCCCGUUGGGUGACGACCUGAGAGGUAACAUUUUGCCAGAUAGCAGGACCUGCGGGCAAGCCAAGGGCACUUUGAGAAUAAUGAGUGGCAAAGAGGCGGACCUCAACGGCUUUCCGUGGAUCGCCCUAAUUUUAUACCGGAAUCAAAGAACUUGGAAGCCGGACCCCACUACCAUCUGCGCAGGAUCUCUGAUCAACAGCCGCUACGUUCUGACCGCAGCCCACUGCUUGAAAGGCAGAGAAGUAUUGGAAAAAGACUCGAUGGUCAACAGUGUUCGCCUGGGCGAGCAUAACACCGCCACCAAUCCCGACUGCGUAACACUAGGGAAUGGAAAAAGGAUAUGCGCCAGCCGGCAUCUGGAAGUCGACGUGGAGGAGCAAAUCGUGCAUGAGGAUUACGUUAAUGACGGAAAAAACAUUAAUGACAUCGCCUUGCUGCGACUCGCAUUCCCAGUACGCUAUACAGAAGCAAUCCAACCAAUCUGUGUUCUGCCCGGCCCUGACUACUUAAAUCACUACUUUGUUAAUCAUUGGAAACAACAAUUUAAAAUUGCCGGCUGGGGCACUUCGCACAAGCAAGGCUCACAUGCAUUGAUGCAGGGCAACAUAAAUGGAAGUAAUCCAAUUGUAUGCCAAAAAAACUACAGAACGUUUUCAUUCCGACCAGAGUCUCAGAUUUGUGCAGGUGGCCAGGACGGAACGGACACUUGUAAAGGCGACUCCGGCGGUCCUCUGAUGGCCACAAUCGGAAGGAGUGUCAAUGAAUUCGUAUAUUUAGCCGGCAUUACUUCCUAUGGAGGUCUUACUUGUGGAAUGUAUCCAGCUGUAUACACAAGAACUGAGAAAUUUAUCGGAUGGAUACAGCGCAAUCUAAGGACUUGAGUGGUGAUUUUAAAUUUAAAACUUUAUUAUUGUGCCAAAAAUUUAUUACAUCACUUAAAGCUAAUAGUAAAGAUGAGAAAACGUUAUAUACCCUGUUAAUAACAAAACAAAUUCCACAUAUGUAUGUAUAUACCCAUACAAAAACGAAAAGUUUAAAUAUAAUAAGCGUUGCGCUAAAAGUAAAGUAUUAAAAUCUAAGUACCUAUAUUAUUAAUUACUCAAAACUGGAGAUUCUAAAAUUGCUGUCUGUUGUGUUAUUUUUUAGUUAUAUAAAAAUACAUUUUCAUUGAGAUGGUUAAUUUAUAUUUUUUGUUAAAUAAAA